UAACGCGGAAGUGCAGUUUGUUUUACGUAGCUUAUUGUUUCUGCGGGAAAUUCGAAAGUAAAAAGAAAGGAUCCAGUUUGUGUCACGACGACCCCAUUUCAUCGAUAUAUUUUGUAAGCGUAGCGUUUCCAGUACGUUUGUGUUUUGUUUCUCUAAGUAGGUAGGCUAAAGCAAGAUGUCAAAUCCUGAGCCCGUCUUGCUGGGUCGAAAACGGACCCUGCCCGCCUGCCCGAACCCCCUAUUCCUCAAGUGGCUCACUGAACUAAGGGACGAGGCCAGGGAGAAAGGCCUAAAGAUCCAGUACACUUAUCAAAAGGCAAUCAACUCUCUUAAUAAAUAUCCACUUCCUCUUCGGGAUGCCAAAGAGGCCAAGAUACUGCAAAACUUUGGAGAUGUGAUAUGCAAAAUCCUGGACUCUAAACUGCAACAAUACCACACAGAACAUGGUCAAGACAGUCCUGUUCAUGCGCUCCCUGAAGGAGUGUCCUCUCCUGGCAGGUCAGACAACAACAAGGCACCUCCCACCAAAAAGAACAAUGCUAGGGAGAAGGAAGGUGGCGGAGAGAAAAAGAAGAAGAAGAGGGAGUACGUGCCCCAGAAAGGAUCCGGCGGUUAUGCUGUCCUGUUGACACUUUAUAGACAGUCGCAGAUGCCAGGCAGUAAAGGCUUCAUGUUCAAGAUGGAGCUGCAGGCCGAAGCACAGCAUCUUUGUAAUAAAUCCUUCGCAGUGCCCGACCUCGGCAGUAAGUACACAGCCUGGUCGUCGGUGGCCACGCUGGUGCAGAGGAACCUGCUGGUAAAGACCCACAGCCCCGCACGAUACUCUCUGACACAGGAAGGUGUGUCUUUAGCACAACGUCUGGACUCGGUUGAACCAGGUUCUAAAGCAGGUCCACAUGUGAUUGGUGAUGAGGAGGAGGAGGAGGAGGAAGGUGGUCCAGCAGUCGUUGACCUCACUUGUAGUGGUGGUGGUGAUGAUGAUGAUGAUGAUGAUGAAGAUGAAGAAGAACAGGAAAAUGAUAUAAUUCAGCUGACGCAGCCGAUGAACGAGGUGCUCAGCCGUGGAUGCCUCCUACCCGGAACCUACGACAUUGUCCUGUGCGUCGACUUCAUCGAGACAACAGGCGGCAGCCAUCACCGCAAACACGAGCUGGUCAAAGAGCUGCAGACGAACGGCGUCCACUUUGACGUUAGGAAGCUCAACGUUGGCGACUUUCUGUGGGUGGCCAGGGAGAAGGUCGCGCCCAUGUCAGGUAGAACUUGUGGCACAUUCCCGUUCCCCCUCUGUCUACACCAAUUAAUAGCAAUCAUUCUUAUGUCGCUCUUUGCAGCUGCAGGCAGAGAGCUUGUCCUUGAUUUCGUCAUCGAGAGGAAGCGGAUGGACGACCUGUGUGGCAGCAUCAUCGACGGACGCUUUAAGGAACAGAAGUUUCGCCUGAAGAGGUGUGGCCUACGGAAGCCCAUCUACCUGGUGGAGGAACAGGGGAAGGCGGCAGCACACUUGAGCCUUCCUGAAAAGACGCUGCAGCAAGCCAUUGUCAACACGCAGGUGGUGGACGGCUUCUUCGUUAAGAGGGUGCAGGACGUGAGAGAGUCAGCGGCCUAUCUGAGCAUCAUGACGCGAUACCUCACCAAAGUGUACCAGAACCGAACGUUGGUCUGCCGCUCCCGAGAGAGAGACGGUGACCCAGAUUGUGAUGACGACCCCCGGUCCUGCUCACUCAUGUCUUUCGCAGAGUUCAACUACGGCGCCAUCAAGAACAAGAGUCAGACGGUGCGAGAAGCCUUUGCCAGACAGCUGAUGCAAGUUAGCGGCUUGUCUGGAGACAGAGCGGCUGCUAUACUGGAGCGAUACAGUACUCCACACAGUCUCCUGAAGACAUACGACAAAUGCAAAAGCGAAGCACAGAAAGAAAAGCUGCUAUCUACCAUCCAAUACGGGAGGCUAAACAGGAAAUUGGGACCAGCUUUGAGUCGAACUCUGUACCAGUUGUACUGUAGCAAUGGAGCGCUAUACUAGAUUGUUCAAGAUAGAGGAUUUAUGAAAAAGUGUACUGUAAAAUAUCAAAUGGGAUGAUCCAAGAAGGAGUCAUGUGACAUGUUGCAACAGUUUAUUCUCUCA